CCGUUCAGGGGGGGUGGAAGACCCAAAAAGGAGGCUAAACCGACUCGAGCAAGUUCAGAGUCUUUUGCAGGUGAACCUCUCGCGGGAGUCGCUGACUCGCUUCUGCGUGUGCCGUUAGGGGGCUCAAGUGUCUCACUCGCUCUCCUCCCUCUCUUCCAGCCCACUGCCCUUCCUCCCCCCCUCCCCUCCCCUCCUUCUCUACACUGCUGGCCUUGUUGUUGUCAUCGAUUCCCCUUUGUGCUGUGCACUCGUUCAUUCGCUUCCUCUUCACCGCGACCUGUCGCCCGCCUCGUUCUCUACUACCCGGUUGAUUGCGCUUGCGGCAGCUUGUCUCCCAUCUUCCAGGCGCCCGACCGUCUAGAUCGCUUGUCCGAUUCAAUUCUGAGACUUUCGAUCGCUUCAUUUGACAUCCUCCGCAGCCAACGGCAGACCCUAAGCUUCCCUGGUAUUCCCGAGCUGGAUGACUCGCGAUCGCCCUGAUAUUUGACUUUGGACCCCCCACACACACCACAUUCUUCAGAUUGACACCUGUCGGAUCUUCUAUCAGCAUACCACACAUCAAAUCAUACUAUCAGCCUCAUCAGAACGGCGCCCGAAACUCACUUCCCACUCCGAAUGCCGGCACCUUCCCUACGACUAUUCCCGGCCGAAAUGAGAUAGUGCUCUGGUAGACACCUCUCCCAUUCUCUACCCAGUUGUUAUUGGUUCAAUUCAAAGGCCCCGUUCCCCCUCUCCCCUGCUGGCUGGCCACCCGCAUUCUCUCGUUGGUCUGGUAUCACUCUUUUUCGUUCGUUUCAUAACUUCACCAUGACCGUCCCCGAGCCCCCGAUCAAAUUGGAAGGCCAUUGCUCGGUCAUUUCUGGAAGCACUCUCUACGCCUACUCGUCCAAUGGCUUCGUUUCGAUCCCGUUACAGGUCAAUGGCACCUGGCACCAAUUGGACGGUGGCGUGUCCGUCUCCAAUCCCGUUUGCUUGAAAGGUGGGAUAGAGGGCAGUGAGGGCGACGAUGAAGCCCUGUACGUGGUUGGCGGGACCACCACCUUGGACGACACAUAUUCCGGCCUCCAGCGAUUUUCAUUCAAGGACCAAAAAUGGCAGACUCUGGGAUCUGGAACAACCUCGAUGACCGCCCGCACCGGCCAUGGCGCCGCAUUUGUCGCGUCUACCUCUUCAAUCAUUGUUUAUGCUGGUAACCAAGGCGAUGGUACCAGCACCGCUCUCUCGGCCCAAUCAUUCCUGAUUUCGACAAAAUCCCCCUACGACCAGAUUUCCGUCAAUAACCAGGAAGCUCCGACUCUCAGCAGCCCCCAGCUGCUCCCCUGGAACUCGACUCAUGUUGGUAUGUUUGGCGGUGAUGGUGGGAGCCAAGCCGUCUACACCUACAGUGAUGCAAAAGGAUGGAUAACCUCGCCCGUGAGCCUUGCGUCCGCUCUUUCAACGUCAAACCCACUCACUCUCCUGUCUGGGUCAGGAGAUAGCAAAGUGUUGGAAUUUUUCGACAUGAGUGCCUCUCCCAACUCCGUGACCAAUUACGAACUCGUCAGCUCUGAUGGAAAGCCCGUAAGCCCUGCCGUUGCAGUGGGAUCUUCCUCGAAGAAGCGGGAUACGGGGAGUUACCCAACCUACAACGAUACUCUUGCCCCGAGCUACACGUGGUCAGAUUACGGCCUCGCCCAGGGAAGCAAUGGUCUGGUUGUUCUCUCCAGUGGCAACAGCAAUAACUCGCUCGCCAUCUUCAACCAGACCUCGAAUAGUUGGGUCAAUUCGACAGAACUGUUCCAGGGCAAGACUGUUCAGCACGUUCUGAAGACAAAUACCACUAUAUCAACUACCAUGACGCCUACAGCCACAGCCACUCCGUCGGCUUCAACAUCAACUAGCGCUACUCCCAGCUCGACGACCACUGCUGCUGCCGCUGCCACUGGUGGCUCUCACACGGAUGUCAAGGUCAUCAUUGGUGCUGCCCUUGGUAGUGUAUGCGGUGUUGCCAUCAUCCUGCUCUUGCUUCUCUGGCUGCUUAAGCGCGAACGAACGAAGCGGGAGCGAAAUGGCCAGGGUCGUGGUGGUGACAGCAAGGACCGAUUGAGCUUCCAGGACCAGGGCAUAGAACCCCUGGCCGGUGGUGCGUACCCCAUGGCUAAGAGUCCCGUCCCCAUUGCCUCGAUGUCGGCCGAUUCGCUCGCGAUCAUCUCGGGCAAAUAUGCGGGAGAAAAGUCACUCAUGCCUCCUUCCGCCAACGCGGGCUACGGCCUGUCUGCGACACCUCGCAAGAGUAGCCCACUUUCACCUAUCCCGUCCAGCGGUCUCGCGCCAUCAAGCAUGUAUUCUGAAGACGCCUACCGUGAUAGCACCACCCCCUCAGAAGUGGCUAACAGACCGAGCGACCGCACCACCGAUGAAGGCUGGGGCAAAUACUUUGAAGAUAAUAACACCACAAAUCUCGCUGGAAUGGCUGCCGACCGCUCCACUACUAGCUCCAUCUAUACGAAAUCCGACUACCGUGGUAGCGCCUGGCCCAUGUCGAACUUGACCCCGUUGAACUUGGGUUUCCUCGACCAGCCCAAGCCACUGGGUCGUGUAUACAGCGGCAGCCCAACGACCGAGCACGCCUCAUCGAGUCGCAGUCUUGCAAUCCCAGAGGGACAGAGCGCGCGGAUAUCCAGCGCCGACUCGAUCAGCGUGACCAGCGACGACGACCCGCACGACACGAACUGGACUGGCGCGCAUACUAGCUGGCUGGGUCGUCCGGCUAGCAGCAAUUACAGUACAAGCUUUUACAACAGCAGUACGCGCGAUUUACCUAGUUCAAAUCCGCAGUUACCUCGACACUCGAACGGCCGCCGUUCGAGCAUUGUGAUCCCCGAUGAUAUCGACGAAUUGCCGAUGCCGGGGCGCAGCAAUAAUGUCAACUCGGAUAUGAGCUGGUUGAAUAUCAAUGCCGACCGAUAACAGUGAUUUGGCUUAAUAACAUAACAUCAUUGCAUCACAUUGGCACACGUCAUUCUCUAUCCCAUUCCCUACCUUGUGAUUCAUACACACUCCCUGCUUGAUUGUUUCCACUCUCUCUUCCAGCAAUUUCUCCUUCCUUGCAUGGCGUCCCGGCUACCGGUGUCUGUAAAAAGUUGCGUGGCUUCGGGCGUUGCAUCUCCUCUGCAUAUCGCUUUCUCGUCUUCGCAUCUGUCCAAAUAUCCUACUCUGUGUCUUUCCUGUCACAUCUCUCCUUGUUCCUGUUCUGUUUGACUGCGAGUCAUUCUCUAGCGCUAUCCCCCGCAUUGUCCAUAUUGGUAUACUGUUUUGUCUUGUCUUGCUAUGCGCUUGCGCUGUGCCUUGUUUGGUCUUGUCGCUGCUUCGAUUGGACUCUUGUCUGUGACUUGCGAAUGCUUUUGUACAUAUUCCAAUUUCAUGCUGGUACCUGGGUGCCAUCCUUUCCGACUCAAGUCUACUAGUGUACAUUGGAAGUAGAUUGUGGAAGCCAAUGAAGC